AUGAAGCCGUCUAUAAAGGGGAUAAAGGACGAGUGGGUGCUCCAUCGGGUUCUGCUGCCUCGUUCCGUUAAGGUACAUGUGGGGGACGUUCUGUGUGUGAGCCUGGACACCGCAACUACUGCUGCAUCCCACAGUCAAGUCAGACCCCAGGCGACCACAACCCUCUACUCACACACCAUAUCCGUCAACGCCCACACACCAGCAGAGCUUCCGACAAGCCGUAGCAGCAGCAGCAUUGCACCAGACCCGUGUAACACCACCACAGUGAAAGAGGAGCCUUGUGACAGCACCGUUACAGCAAGGCCCACAGUUGUGUUUCGGCGAGUCGCAGCCGUUGCUGGAGACGAGAUUGAGUCACCUCAGCCGUCGGAUGCGCCUUUUCGGAUAGAGGAUAAUCACUUCUGGGUGGUCGCAGAUAACCCCGAUGUUCCUGCACAGGAGGCGUGGGACAGCCGCACGUUUGGCCCCGUGCAUGUAGAGGAUGUGCUGGGGAGGAAUGUUGAUGCACCUCAAAAGUCCUUUAAAAUCUUCUUCCUUUUCUUGUCUGAAUGCUUACAGGAGGCGUGGGACAGCCGCACGUUUGGCCCCGUGCAUCUAGAGGACGUGCUGGGAAGAGCUCUCUAUGUGGGUCAGCCCGUGCAUCUGGAGGACGUGCUGGGGAGGGCGAUGUAUGCCGUGUGCUCAAAACAGGCAAUGGAGGAAGAUGCAGCAGUGAUGGCUGGGGAGGGGGACUUGGAGAGUGUGAUGCAGAGAGUACGAGGGAUGCAGCUGCGGUGA